UCUAUAGCUUGUUGCUUUUUGGAAGCUACUACCAUUCUUCUCAUUUCCUCUAACCUCACUUCCUUUCUUCCGUUAUAAAAAGAGAUCAAAGCCCUAGGACUCGAAGCGUGCCAAUUUUCUGUUCAGGGGCUUUUCUUUGUUCUUUUCCUUUUUCUUUUCCCACUGCCAAAAGAAAAAAAACACUGUCCAAGACAAAGACUCUUCGAGUACCAUGAAAAUUUGCUUCAUUAAUGGUAGAUUUUCUCGGAGCUGAGUGAGGUAGGUAAACUGCAACCUUUACACCUCUAAAGUGUGUUCCCUUUCAAUAUUCCUAUACGCCAAUAUCUCUGGCUUAAUGUCAAUGCGGAAGAUAGGAGGUGGUGUGUUUGGUACAAGUAAAUAUUUCCUUCGCAAGUAUCAGUUUGCUUGCAAAUCCGAGUCAAAACGUAGGUAUUUUGUACCCACUAGUGAUUAAACUAUACUGGGUUUCUUGCUAGUGCAAGAAAUAAUGUGACUUUUGCUUGUUUACUGCAUUAAAUGAGCUGGCUUUAAUCUCAGAGGAAGCAAGAAAAACUGUGUCUUGAGGUUUCAUAUAGGUAACUGCCCAUUUGAGGAAAGCGGUGGUGUUUAGUAUGCCUGUAUACUAAGAUGUCUUGGGUUGAAUCUAAAGUGAGGCUGAGAUAUGGUUUUCUCACCAGCCCUCCUCUCUAUCAUCCGCUAUCUUCUUCUCUCUCUUCGUCCCCUUCUUCUCCUCCUCCUCCUCCAUUGCCAAAUGUUAGUGGUUACCAGAAACAAUCCGGAGGUAAAAUAAGCCCAGCAAUACUAUUUAUCAUAAUUAUUCUAGCUGUCAUCUUUUUCAUAUCUGGUCUCCUUCACUUGCUUAUUAGAUUUCUCGUAAAGCAUAGAUCUUCAUCAUCAAUUACCGAAUCCAAUGGAUACCCAGAUAUGUCUGAGUCCGAUACUUUCCAGAGACAGUUACAACAACUCUUUCAACUUCACGAUUCUGGCCUAGAUCAAGCUUUCAUUGAUGCCCUCCCUGUCUUCCUUUACAAAGAGAUAAUGGGUCUGAAAGAGCCAUUUGAUUGUGCUGUUUGCCUUUGUGAAUUUUCAGAACAAGAUAAGUUGAGGUUGCUUCCCAUGUGUAGUCAUGCUUUUCACAUUGAUUGUAUAGACACAUGGCUACUAUCUAAUUCAACUUGCCCUCUUUGUAGAGGGAACCUUUACACACCUGGGCUUGCAAUUGAAAACCCAGUUUUUUAUUUUGAAGAUCGGAGGGAAGAAGAUGGAAUUUCGAUUAAUGGGGGAAGUGGGGCUCUUUCUGGGCAAAAGCCUGCAGAGAAUGAGAUUAUGAGUGAAAAGAGGGUAUUUUCUGUAAGACUUGGCAAAUUUAGAAGCUCGAAUGAUGGAGGAGGGUUAGGAGGAGGAGGAGGAGGAGUUGAGAGAAGAGUGGGAGAGACAAGUAGCAGCAAUUUGGACGCAAGAAGAUGUUAUUCUAUGGGAUCAUAUCAAUAUGUGGUUGCCGAUUCAGAGCUGCAAGUUGCCCUUUGCCCCAACAGAGUGGGUGCUAGUAUGAGGAUUGUGAAAGGGAGAGGCGGACAACACGGGAAUUCCACAAUUGAUGGGGACAGUGAGGGGAAGAAGAUUAACAUUGGAAGUAAAGGUGAAAGCUUUUCUGUUUCCAAGAUCUGGCAAUGGUCUAGGAAGAGUAAAUUCACAAAUUCCUCAGAAAACCAUAUGGGUGGUACAUCUUCUGUUACCGUGGGUUUGCCAUGGUCUUCUGAUAGAUCUCAGGGUGCGUGAAGUGGAGACCCAAUUCAUGGUGGGAUCCAUGAAAAGUUGCGUAUGGGACGCUUGUGAUGAAGAGCAAUUAUUUGAAACGUUGACAUUAGCCGGUGGUGGUGGUGGGUUGGCCGGUGAGGCUGGAACAGUUUGUUCCCCAUCAUAUGAUGGAAUCUAUCCUCGAGAAUGAUUUUAAGAACCUGAAUCCAAUGCCAAGUUCUCCUUGCAGUGUCUGCACUAAACAGCAAAAUAACCUUAAAAGCUAUGGUAUUCAGAUGGGAUUAGUAAAAAAAAUAAGAGUUGGAUAGAGAAAGGUAAGAUUAGGCAUGUUGGUGUCUUGUUGUUUAUUUAUACGAAAAAUGAACACUAAUCGGAAAAAUCUUUCCACGCUAAAUAAAAGUGUUGUUUUUUUUCCUGAAAAA